UCGUGGUCGUUCUCUUCUUCUCUGGUCUCUGCAACGGGACGAUGCACUGCAAAGGAAACUCCUGCUGCUGCUCCUUCGAGAACUAUAAGCUGACCACAGAGUGGCUGUUGAACCACACCAGCCACCGUCCAAAGGUUGCAGUGAUCUGUGGCUCAGGACUGGGCCUGCUGGCUGAUGGAGCCUCCAACAAGCAGACCUUCAGGUACCAGGACAUCCCCAACUUCCCCGUCAGCACAGUGGCGGGUCAUGAGGGGUGCCUGGUGUUUGGGACAAUCGAGGACACUUCCUGUGUGUUCAUGCAGGGCCAUUUUCACCUGUAUGAGGGUUACUCACUCUGCCAGGUCACUUUCCCUAUCAGGAUCUUUAAGCUGAUGGGGGCGGAGUCUUUGCUGGUGACCAAUGCUUCUGGUGGAAUCUGUCCAGACUUCAAAGUGGGUGACAUCAUGAUCAUCAAAGACCACAUCAACCUGCCGGGCUUUGCUGGACAACAUCCGCUGUGUGGACCCAACGACGAACGCUUUGGGAUCAGAUUUCCAUGCAUGUCUGAUGCGUACAGUAAGGAUCUGCGGCGGCUGGCAAUGGAGGCGGGGUCAGAGCUGGGCUGCAGUGACUUCAUCAGAGAGGGCGUGUACUGCAUGGUGAGCGGGCCAAACUUUGAGACCAUCGCUGAGGCCAGAAUGCUUCUGAUCCUGGGCUGUGACUCUGUGGGGAUGAGCACCGUACCUGAAGUGACUGUGGCAAAACACUGUGGAUUGAGAGUGCUGGGCCUGUCGCUCAUCACCAACAAGGUGUCUCUGGACUACAGCCAUGAGGAGAAGGUGAACCAUGAAGAAGUUCUACAGAUCAGCAAAAUGAGAGCAGAAGUUCUUCAGAAACUCGUAGCAAUGAUGAUAAGCCGCUGUCAGCAGCAGAGCAUAAAUACACACUAAUACACACACAUAUUAGCAAUACACACUAAUAAACACACAUGCACACAUCAAUACGCACUAACAACAUUAAUACACACUUAAACACACUCAUAUACACAUCAACACA